GCUGCGGCCGGGCUCGGCCGUGCCCCCUCCCACGCCCGCCUCCUUCCACGUCUGGCUGCGCCGCGGCCGCUCCCCGGGGCACGGGCUAUAAGAGGCUCCGGCUGGGGCUGGCGGCAGAUGCUGGAGGCAGAAGGCGGCGGGGAGAGGCGAGAACCUGCGGCCAUGAAGUCCCCGCAAACCAAGAGCGCGGCCGGCAAAGGCUCCGGUGAUGGUCUCCCUCGUCCUCUCCCGUCCCGGCCGGCCCCGGGCCCUGCCGCCCUGCUGGCGGACGCCGGGGAGCUGGCGGAGGUGCUGGGUGAGUUCGAUGCCGUGAUAGAAGACUUCUCCUCGCCCGUCAGCAAGCGCCACUUCCAGUACGAGGAGCACCUGGCGCGGAUGAAACGGCGGAGCAGCGCCAGCGUCAGCGACAGCAGCGGCAUGAGCGACUCAGAGAGUGCAGAUUCACUCUACAGAAACAGUUUUAGCUUCAGUGAUGAAAAACUUAACUCUCCAACAAUGUCAAUUCCAACUCCAACUUUACCAUCUCCAGCAGUAACUCCUUGUAAAGCAAAGCUUGGAGACACAAAAGAACUAGAAGACUUUAUUGCUGAUCUUGACAGGACAUUAGCAAGUAUGUGAAGCAAAGGGAUUUUUGGCAUCAUCCCUGUCUACAGAUAAUUCCUUGAAAUAUGCAAUGAAGACCUAAUGAUAUGGAUCACUGAAAGCCGCUGCUAUGUCUGACAACUGUCAACUUUGCUAUCCAGCAUAUUCAUCUUCUGAACAUAACAAUAGUCACCUUCUCUAAGCAUUUAACUGAUGACAUCAGUUUUGUUACUUUGCAGCAGGCAGGAUCAGAUAACUUAAAUGUGCUGAUACUAUAUUUUUUUCUUAAAAAUAUAGCUUAAAUUUUAAUUUAAAAUUGCUUUUAUGAAAAUAUAUUUGUAAUUUUAUAUAGUUGGAAACUUUAAUGCUUUUAAUAUAUUUUUGUAUACAAAUAAAACCUGAACUGAAA